AUGCCCGUUAGGCGGGGUCAUAUCGCUCCCAAAAAUACCUACAUUGACACCCUUAUUAAAAAAUUUGACAACCAAUCUGUUCCAGAUGCCGCUUUUAUUAUUGCAAAUUCAAAAAUUGCAUCGAAUCCAAUUAUUUAUUGCAGUGCAGAUUUUUGUGACUUAUUUUCUUUCACCAAAGCGCAAUUACUUUUAAAAUCAUCUUCUCUUUCAUUUUUGUACGGCGAAAAUACUACUUCAGAGUCAAUACAGGCCUUAUCAGAUGGAUUAGUUUGUGAUCGUGAGGUGAAAAUCCUUUUAAGUCUCUACACUCGCAAAGAUGAAGUACGGCAAUGUGAACUUACAGUCACCCCGCUUACUGAUGAGCUGGGUCGUAUUGCAUUGCAUAUCAUCUUCUUUGAAGCAGUCGAACAGGUUCAGCCAGACAAGAAGCCAUCUCGACGUGUUAGUUCACGUCGUCUUUCCAAUAUUGCCACCAUGAUAUUUCAUCGUAACGGCAAAGAGGUCCCAAGAAGUAAUCUUCAUCGCACUCACCACUUGAGUCAAUCCGUUCGGAAUGAGGUCUUACCUAAGCAAGUUGUCCUUAGUCGUCGACCUUCAGAAAACAUUCCUACCGAAAACAAUAAUCGUGUGUCCAUUUCCAGCCUCUUUCUUAAUGGUCCCAAAAGCUCACCUGAAGCUGUCGAUCCUAAAAAAGGUUGUCGACCUAAUCCAGAGUCUCUCCAACUGUGCACUCGCUUCGAUUCUACUAGCAUGGAUACGGGAAAUUCUGUUACACUUCGUUCCUCCGCCCCAACCUCCCAUGUUUCCGUAGGUAAUGAACCACCAGUCAAGCGAUCGGAAAUUCGUCCCAAGUCUUGCACAAAUGCCCCCCUAUGGCCUGUGCUACAAUCCUCAGAAACUGAGUCUACUACUGAUCGCGUUCGGCCAGCAUCGGCUGUGUUGGGUGCUAGGUGUAGUCGGUAUGUUUUCCCAUCUCUACUUACUCGUGGAAGUAGACUUUUAUCAGCUCCAGUUUCUCAGACAUCUCUUGUUUUGAGUGAUGCUGGUACACUCCAGCUCGUGCUUGGCAAACAUGGGGAUCAAUCGAAGUCUCAUGUCACUGACACUUUCGCCAAGAUACUUUCCUUAGAUAAGGACCUUCACGAAAAGAGGAAACUUGAGUCUAAACACAUGCAUAAGUACACUCUCAAGCAUUACAGUCCAACUCGAGCCGUGUGGGAUUGGUUUAUUCUCAUUUUGGUCAUCUAUACGGCAAUUUUCACGCCUUACAAUGCGGCUUUUUUGCUCAAUCAUAAUGUGUCCGCCUGCUCUAAUGCCCAACCACGCUCGGCUGGCCAGCAAACUAUUUUGGGUAUUGCUGAUAAGUUGGUCGAUGUGAUGUUCUUUAUGGACAUUAUAAUCAACUUUCGGACAACCUAUGUAAACAAGAAUGACGAGGUGGUCUCCCAGCCUAAGAAGAUUGCCUUUCACUAUCUCAAGAGUUGGUUCAUAAUCGACCUUGUUGCAGCCAUUCCAUUCGAUGCUGUCAUCUCUAAAUCAUACGAAAAACAGCAACCAACAGCGCUCACAGGGUUACUAAAAUCUGCCCGUCUGUUGCGUCUCAUCAACGUAGUAAGAAAAUUGGACCGAUACUCCGAAUAUGGUACUGCAAUUCUUGUUCUCCUUACUUCCAUCUUCGUGCUCAUUGCUCAUUGGUUGGCGUGUAUUUGUAUUGUCUUCUAG